AUGCCACAGAAAAGCCAAGCCCGUGACACGAGCAAGCCAGCCCGGCAGCAGCCUGGCUUGGCCUGCGAAGAGUGUCGCAAGCGCAAGGCCCGAUGUGACCGCGCCAAACCGCAGUGUGGCUCUUGCUUGAUGACAGGGCGGGUCUGCAUUGUGAAUCAUAACCGGCCACGACGGGGGCCGAAGAAGGGGCAGAUUGAGAGUCUUUACUCGAGGCUUGGUAGGUUUAUCUUUGUGGCGGAGAUGCGAGAGAGCGAUAGGGAGCGAUGGCUGACUGUGACAGAGGUCCUUGAAGAGCAGGUCGUCGAGCAGAUGGACCAUAUCUACCACGGAGACUUGGAAUCGCAGGAGCAACUUGCCCUCACUCACGAUGUCCGCCGGCAUUCAAGCUCAGGAUCUAGCUCCGAUGCCCGACAUGAUGUGCCCUUCCUAUUAUCCCCGUCUGCUCUCGACACCACGACGACAGAGCGCACCCUCCUCCCAUCGCCCUUCGCGAAUGUCCGACCACUACCCGCUCAAGGAUCGGCCUACACCGGGUCGAGUAUGAGUCCAAGCCCCGGGCUCGAUAUUGUCUUAGCUGAUUUAGACCAGCUGUACUUUGACCGUGUCCACCCGAUCGCUCCAUUCCUCCACCAGCAGCGACACCUCUCCCAUCUUGAGACCGAGCCUCCUCUCCUAGCACGCGCCUGCCUCCGAUCGGCGAUGCGCACCGUCGCCGCCGCAAUGUCUGCGCAGUUUCGGCGUCUGGCGGAUAGUCUGUACGUCGAGACGAGCAGGGUCGUGAUGGAGCUGGAUACGAUAGAACGGACACCUCCGCUGGAGCAGAUACAGGCGGUUUUGCUCCUCGCGCACUAUGAGCUGCUGCGAAUGGAGGAGAGCAGAGCGAUGGUUACGGCAGGGAGAUGCUUCCGACUCAUUCAGUUGUCGCGGUUGCAUGAUACCGAUGCGUAUGGAAACAAUGGGGGUGACUUUGUUGCGAACGAGGAGAAAAGGAGGACGUUUUGGGUGGCGUAUUGCUUUGAUCGCGUUCUCAGCUCGAGGCACGAGUGGCCGUUGACGUUGCAGGAGGAAGCGACAUGGAUACGACUCCCCGUCCCCGAAAGCACCUUCCAAAUGGCUCAACCCAUUGAUCAACCCAUGGACUUCCUCCACGAAGCUAUCGCGACCAGCGGACAGAAAGCCCUCCCUCCGUUCGCCGAGUACAUAGUCCUUGCGACACUCCACGGUCGCACAAUGAACCUCCGCCGAAGCGCGCUCCUUCUCUCAACGUCGACAGAAGCAUCUAUGUUCUACGAGAGGCAAAAGGCACUAUCGAGCGUGAUCGAGAAACGCUCGACCCUAUGGUCUUACAGUCCUCCAUCUUCGACACCACUGGGGAUGGCCGAUCCCCUCGUUGCAUUCACGCACCUCCUCGGCAAGAUGAUGAUGAUCUCCAUCGGCGAGGUCGGCGAGGUCGCUCGAGAACACUUCAUGGGGAUAUCGAAUCCAGUUCGGGACGCGGCCGGGCUGGAAGCUGUGCAGCUGAGUAUGGCUAUAGGUGGGCAAGAACUGCUCAUCAACGGCGAUGGCUAUAGCACGCCAGCCGCCGGAGGAGCCGGGGAUAUGCAACGGUCGGCCCAAGCUGCCAGUGAGUUUGUCGCGCUCGCAAAGUCAAUGUGUCCAGUCAACUGCUUUAGGGCGCAUCCCUUCCUCCCAAACGCAGUAUUCAGAACGGCAGUAUACCUUGCAACGCACAACAACGGUACCGAGGCUGGAAGGAUACAAUGUAGUCACGAGGUCGAAGACCUACGCCAGAUACUGAAAGAGUUGAAGGUCGUGAAUAACCUCGCUAGGGAGGUCCUGCGGGAAUUGGGGAGCUUGACUGUGCCGCUCUCUAUAGCCACCGCUGGCUAA